AUGGCAGUGCGGCGUAGAGGUCUGCUUGUGUUGUGCUACCUGAAGGGGGAUGGCGGGCUCCAUGUGAAGGGUCGCAGCAUAGAGACGAAGCAGUUCUGUAGCGCGGAAUGCUGGCGCGGAGUGGAGUGCUGCUUCGCCGCGGCGCGGAGGACGUGCCUUCCCGCAGCAGGGCCUUCGGGCCACCACGACGGCAGCGUCCUCCGAGCCGUGUGGUUGAAUUUCGUAGACUCGUUGGAAGUGGCAGUGGCCUUUUCCUCGGGCGAGAUGGCAGGUCCUUCCCUUGGGUUUCGCCUUCUUGCAAGUUGCCAAGGUGGGUCGGGGUCCGACGAUUCCUCGGAUUCUAGUUCCGACCGACCGUCACCGGCGGCGGCCAGUCUCCGUCCAGUUCGGUUUCUGUCCAGUUCUUUAGUCCCCAUCUUGUUGCCUCUGUCCGGCUUCAUGGCCCUCGUCAUCGAGAGCCUGCCGGAUCCAGCUUCGCCGACAGUAGGUGAGAAGUUGGUUCUGACGCCGACAGCAGAGGGAAUGCUUUUCCAGUCACCAGCAGCAUGA